CGGGGGCUCAGGCAUGGCGUUCGUGCUGCUGGGGCGGUGCGCGCGGAGGGCGCCGGGCCUUCCCCGGCGGGGGAGCGCAGAAGCCGCGGCGGCGGCAGGUCAUUUGGAGAACCUUGCUUGUUUUAAUUGUUCCUCCAUGAGGCAAAUAAAACAUUUGCCUGAUCAUUUUAAAUAUUGCACUAAUACAUCACCUUACAUUUAUUGUACAAAAGAUUGGACAAAAGGAUCAGAAAAAAGACAGUGUAUAGUUCAGAGAUCAUUUGAUUCCUGGUGGCUAUCUCCUAAUAGAGGUCUUUCAGGACCUUGUUUGCUUACAGUACGGAACUGGCAUUCCUCACCAUCCAGAAAUGAUGACUCUGUAAUAGAAAAAUCAUUGAAGUCUCUUAAAGACAAAAAUAAGAAGUUAGAAGAAGGAGGGCCUGUUUAUAGUCCAACAGUAGAAGAUACAGUAGUUAAAAAAUCUAUUGGACAGAAGAUUGUUGAUGAAGUGAAGCAUUACUAUCAUGGCUUUCGGUUGCUAUGGAUUGAUUCAAAAAUUGCUGCAAGGAUGCUCUGGCAAAUUCUUCACGGCAGUUCUUUAACCCGUCGGGAACGGAGACAGUUCCUUCGGAUAUGUGCUGAUCUCUUUCGGCUGGUCCCUUUUCUUGUCUUUAUUGUUGUUCCAUUCAUGGAAUUCUUGCUUCCAGUAGCUUUAAAGCUGUUCCCCAAUAUGCUUCCUUCAACAUUUGAGACAAAGUCUAAGAAGGAAGAGAGGUUGAAGAAGGAAUUGAGAGUAAAGCUUGAAGUGGCUAAAUUUCUUCAAGAUACUAUUGAAGAGAUUGCCUUAAAAAAUAAAGCAGCUAAAGGGAAUGCUACUAAGGAUUUCUCAUCUUUCUUUCAAAAGAUACGUGAAACUGGUGAAAGACCAAGUAAUGAAGAGAUUUUACGAUUUUCUAAACUGUUUGAAGAUGAACUAACUCUUGAUAAUCUCACAAGACCCCAACUGGUUGCUCUGUGUAAACUGUUAGAACUUCAGUCAAUUGGAACAAACAACUUUCUUCGCUUCCAACUAAUAAUGAGACUGAGAAGUAUGAAAGCAGAUGAUAAACUGAUAUCUGAGGAAGGUGUGGGUAGCCUGACAGUAAAAGAAUUACAGGCAGCCUGUCGAGCAAGAGGUAUGAGAGCACUGGGUGUCACAGAAGAACGUUUAAAGGAACAGCUGAAGCAGUGGUUAGACUUGCAUCUGAAUCAAGAAAUCCCAACUUCACUGCUUUUAUUAUCCAGAGCAAUGUACCUUCCAGAUACUCUGUCACCAGCUGACCAGCUGAAAACAACCUUGCAAAUACUCCCUGAGAAUGUGGCAAAAGAAGCUCAGGUGAAAGCAGCAGAAGUGGAAGGAGAAAAAGUUGACAACAAAGCCAGAUUGGAAGCAACUCUUCAAGAAGAAGAAGCUAUUAGAAAAGAACACCACGAGAAAGAGUUGGAAAAGCUUUCCGAAGCAGCUGAAAAAGCCAAAGAGACUCUUCAGGUUGCUGAAAGGGAGGCGAUAGUAGAUCUGGAUGCUUCAGCUCUGAACAAAGGCCGUAUAGAUGCAGCUGCUGGACAAGAGCCGGCAAAAGUGGAUUUAACUCUCCAGUCAGAGAUUUUGAAAGACACAGCCCCAGUAUUGGAAGGCAUUAAGGGUGAGGAAAUAACAAAAGAAGAGAUUGAUAUGCUAAGUGAUGCUUGUACUAAACUGAAGGAACAAAAGAAAUCGCUAACAAAGGAGAAGGAGGAACUUGAGGAUCUCAAGGAUGAUGUGCAGGAAUACAGUGAGGAUUUGCAGGAGAUCAAGGAAUUAUCUAAGACUGGACCAGAAGACAUAGUUGAAGAAUCCAAAGCAAGCAAGAGGCUGACUAAAAAAGUGAAUCGAAUGAUUGGGCAGAUUGAUAGAAUUAUUCAGGAGUUAGAGAGAGACCAAAAAACAGUAGACGUACAGUUGGGCGGUGAUGUUAGUCCUCCCGUUGGGGAGAAUCUCAUCAGCAUCAGUGAGCUUAUUAAUGUAAUGAAACAGCUUCAGAAAAUACCGGAAAGCAAACUGAACAAGCUGGCCGAAGCGUUGGAUGAAAAUAGAGAUGGCAAAAUCGACAUAGAUGAUGUUGUGAAGGUGAUAGAAUUGAUUGACAAAGAGGAUAUUGAUAUUUCUACCAAGCAAGUAGCAGAGAUAGUAUCACUGUUGCAGAAGGAAGAAAAACUAGAAGAAAUAGAGAAGACGAAAGAAAAUGCUGAGAAGGAAGUUGCAGAAGUGAAGAACUAGCCUUCACAGAAGUUCAAAAGUUGCAUCAAAUAAGACAUCAUGCACACCUUAGUCAGUACUUAAUAGCUGUGAGAUGAAGAACGAUGGUAAUUUUUCAACUAAUCAAAGCUAAAUUGGGCAGAGGGAGACAUUUCUCUGAUCAAACAGAGACAAAUUAUCAUUCCAUGAAGUAGAAACCGUUCUGGUCUUCUAAGACAUCAACCCAUCUUCUGCAUUCACGUUGAUUCUUUGGUGUGCUGUGGUGAUUCAGUCUCUUUGUCUCCAGAUUGUGAUAUAAAUUAGAAAUUUCUUUGCAGUGCACAAGGAGUCAGCUUCUCCUUUUAAAACAAUACUAGAUUUACUCGGCACGGACGUGUAUUUUUCUUCUUAGAAAAGUGAAGAUCUCUACAGCAAAAUUCCCAAUACUGAAACCAUUCAAAAAUGGCUAAUCAGGUGAAGGUUGGUUUCUGAAAGUUCUGUAAUUGCUUUGGGUUAACACAUGUAGAACUGCAGUGCAUCCAUAAUUUAAAAA